AAUUCUGUCUCAUAAGUUUGUGAAAUGUCCUCUAUGGUUGAUUCAACUUUUGAAUUAGAGAUUAUACUGAAUUUAUCGAACGAGUUAGUCCUUAUCCCGGGAAAAAUUAUUUGCCAUAUAGUAUUAAUAGUAGUAUUAUUACUAAGGAUACCGAAGACUAGGGAGCUGAAGACUUGGUUUGAGAAAAACUUGGUAGUGUUUGAUUGUCCAAUUAUUCCUCCGCGAUACUUGCACUUUAUUUGCGAUACCGGAUAUGUAUUUCUUGAUCGUUUCAUCCUAGAUAGCUUCGCGAAUCGACUCAAGCCAUAUGACUACGUUAACCUGUACUUGAUUCAAUUGAUUACUACUUGUUUUGAAGUGCUUUUAGUUAUACUAUUUCGUUCCAACCAAGCAUCAUUGGGUGAGCUAUAUUCAUUUCCUAGACAAGAAAACGUUCAAACUUGACUAUUGAAAUGUAGCCCUAGUAAUGAAUGGAGUCAAUGUGUU